AUGGAGAUGCAAGGACAGGAAAACUUUUUGUCAGGCAUUUUGAUGAGUGGAGAUGUUAAUGGUAUUGCUGCUUUGGAGGAUUUGGAUUUUGGAGUGACGCAAGAAACUGAUUCUCAGGACGAAGUAUCUCCAACCCCUGUCACAAAGGGGCACAGGAAGAAGAAUUUUCAUUACAGGGAAGAUGAAGUUGUAUGCUCGGGAUGGUUGAAUGUUAGCAAAGAUCCUAUUAACGGUGCCAAUCAAUCGAAAUCAACCUUUUGGGGAAGAGUUCACGCAUACUUUGAAGAGAAUAAUGAGAUGGGCACUGUGAGGACAGAGAGCUCGAUUAUGCAUAGGUGGUUGGCAAUUCAGUUGCAAGUUAACAAAUUUUGCUCAUGCUAUGAGGCCAUUCUACGUAGGAAUCAAAGUGGGACAACCAUUGAGGACAAGGUUGUUGCAGCAAAAAAAUACUACAUCGAAUUGGACAAAGACAAGAAAAGUUUUGGUCUGGAGCAUUGUUGGAAUAUAUUGAAGGGGGAAGACAAGUGGAAAGCGAAGAUGAAAGAGCUUGCUGAGCUUGAGAAAGACAAACAAGCUUCCCAAAAAAAGAAGAAGAAUCCCACCAAGGACAAGAGGCCUAGGGGGGAAGAAGAGACUUAA